AUGCAUGCGGUAAAACAAGAUGAGGGAUCGAUGGAAUUUGCUUCAAACGAACUCAAGAAUGACAAAUCUUUUGUUAUGGAAAUACUAAAGCAAAAUGUAGAUGCAUUCGAGUAUGUGUCACCAGAGUUAAAGCGCGACAAGGAAGUAAUGUUAUAUGCGGUUAAGAAAAAAGGGAUUUUUCUGCGUGAUGCUUGUGACGAGCUCAAGCAUGACAAGGAUAUUGUCAUGGAAGCAGUUAAAACCAACUAUACGCUUGAGUACGUGCCACAAGAACUGAGGAAUGACAAGGACGUUAUGUUGACCGCUGUGAGAGCCAAUGGUGAUUCAUUACGAUAUGCCUCAGACGAUCUUAAAAAAGACAAACAAGUUGUGACGCAGGCAAUUAUCGACACUUCGUUUGCGCUACAACACGUUUCCCCAGAGCUCAAAAUAGACAAAGACUUUGUACUUCAAUUAAUCAAAAUUAGCGGGGGUUUCAUGACGCCUGAAUUUGUGCAUGAUAGAGAAUUUGUUUUAGAGGCAGUGAAACAACAUAGUGGCGUCAUGAAACACUUGCCAUUCGUGUCUCAGAAAGAUGAAGAAAUCUGUUCACAAGCCCUUGAAUCUCAUGGAUAUGUCAACAACUAUAGCGAUGAAUUGUACCGAAAGAGAUGGGAACAGUGUUAUUUUGGAGCAUUUCUAGGCAAACACAACCAAGAAUUGCCUUAG